CAACUUGUGUUAGGUGGAUCUUCUCUUCUCGGUCACUCUAGACUCGCACAGUUAAACCCUCUAGUCUAUCUCCACAAAACCUCGACUUUUACCUUUUCAUCAACUAAACACAAAAAUGGGCAGGAAAUUCUUCGUCGGUGGCAACUGGAAAUGCAAUGGGACAACUUCAGAGGUGAAGAAGAUUGUCACCACAUUGAAUGAAGCUGAAGUCCCUUCAGAAGAUGUUGUGGACGUUGUUGUGAGCCCUCCCUUUGUGUUUCUUGCUUAUGUGAAAAGUUUGUUGCGGUCUGAUUUCCAUGUUGCGGCACAGAACUGUUGGGUUCGGAGAGGUGGUGCGUUGACUGGAGAGAUUAGUGCUGAGAUGCUGGUCAAUUUGGGGAUUCCCUGGGUCAUUAUCGGCCAUUCUGAGAGAAGACAGAUUCUAAAUGAAUCCAAUGAGUUUGUUGGGGACAAAGUUGGAUAUGCACUUUCUCAAGGCCUGAAAGUUAUUGCCUGUAUUGGAGAGACUCUUGAGCAGCGAGAAUCAGGAUCUACAGUGGCUGUUGUUGCUGCACAAACAAAAGCAAUAGCAGAUAAAGUAUCAAGCUGGGAGAACAUUGUUUUGGCAUAUGAGCCAGUUUGGGCCAUUGGCACUGGGAAGGUUGCAACCCCUGAUCAGGCACAGCAAGUCCAUUUUGAAUUGAGGAAAUGGCUUCAAGUCAAUGUUGGUGCUGAAGUCGCUGCAUCAACCAGAAUUAUUUACGGAGGUUCUGUAAAUGGAGCAAACUGCAAAGAAUUGGCAACACAGCCAGACGUUGAUGGGUUUUUGGUUGGCGGAGCUUCCCUUAAGCCGGAGUUCAUUGACAUUAUCAAUUCUGCUACAGUGAAGAAAGAUGAUUGAGGUCAGAAAUGCUCAUUUGUGUUUGUCUAGCUUCAAUAAACUUGUAAUUGUAAUGAAUUUGUCGAUUAUAUGACUGCCAAGAAAGAAAGAAACGUGUGGUUGUCCAGCGCAUUCAAUGUAAGAACUGCAAAGAAAAAGCGCUUGUGCCUGUAAGAAUUCCUAGACUGGGAACUUGUAUGAGGAAAACGAUUUGGUA